AUGGAGGCCGAUAAAAAUGCUAAAAGCUAUGAUGAAGUCAGUAGCCCACAAAUCGAAGCAGGUAGUCAAUUUAUCCGUGAGUUAAACCUCUCCUUGGGAGACAAAGUGCUUGACAUGGGUUGCGGUACAGGCCAUCUCACUAAAUAUAUCGCUGAUAUUGUUGGCCCUGAUGGUCAGGCGGUCGGAAUCGAUCCCGAUGCUGAGCGAAUCAAAAUUGCUGAAGGGAAAUCCAAAGAAGUCAGCAAUCUUCAGUUCUGUGUUGGUAGCAGUGCUAUUGGAUUUCCACACGAUAAUGAGCCAUAUUACGAUGUUCAUAUCAGCACGCAUGCUUUCCACUGGGUUCCUGAUGACGAGAAAAGAGUUUACAUACAGAAAGCACAUCGAUGUUUGAAAGCUGGGGGGAAAUUGGCCAUCUGA